AUGGCGGACGGCGCCCUGUGCUGCUGCUGCUGCGGCGGUGACUGCUGCUCGCGGGACCUGGAGGGCCGCAGGGUGCCGCUGUCCGUGAUGGUGGAGGGCCAGAGCUGGGGCCUGACUUCGAUGCUGACGCUGGCGGUCGCUCUGUGGAUGACGGCACGAGUGGUGGACGGCGUGGAUGGGUGGAGCUUCGUGAAAUUGGAAGCCGGAAGCGGAUGGCACGAGGAGCUGGUGGAGUAUUUGGUGUACAUCGCGAUGGGCAGCUUCGGGGCGCUGCUUGCGUACGGGGCCAUGUCCCUCAAUUUGAGGCCUCCAGGAACAUCUGGCUGGAGGAGGAGGACUUUGUGGUCAUCUGUGUCCCUACUGUUUGUGAAUAUGAUGGCAGUGAUGCAGUAUGCAGACUCGCUCAUUCGAGUGGGUGCUCUCCCAGCAAUUGUCAAGAAGAGGGAUAGUGUUUGGACAGAGGGAGUUGAAACAGAGAGAGUUUGGACAUCCACACCUGCCCACUUCUUCCUGAUAUCCAUGGCCACCUGCUGCACCCUGGCAGCUGAUGUCCUAUUCAUUCGCCUGUUUGGCUGUUGUGUCUUUGUGAAGCGUGUGGUGCCGCAGAGGCCAGGCUUCAAUCCAGGCUCACCAAGGCUGCACAAAUGGCAGCAGUCCAUGAGCCUGGACAACGAAGGGGGGCCCCCUCCAACUGCCAGUGCUGACAAAUCUGGUGCAGGGAAUCGACUAUCCUGGACUGACCCACACUCAGAGGAGUUCCUAAGAAUGUCCUCCACGAAAGAAGCCGAUAUGACAUCUGGAGUUGCCCCUAUCGAUGGCGCGAUUGCUGGCCCAACCACCAGGCCUACAGUGGCAUCCGUGCCCACCAGGGGCUCCUUCAAGCUAGCACAACCUGCUGAGGGAAGCAGUGAGAAGUCUCUGGGUAAUGAAUGUGCCAAGGAAGGCAACCUUGCUUCAACUGCUGGCGGUUCCUCCCUUAAUAGAGCCCCCAAGCUCCAGAGAUGGAACACAGGGCUUUUGCUCAGCAACUACAAGGAGCGCAGCGCCCCGGUGGAAAGUGUAACGAAUGCACCUCAAGACUUGCCCCACAAAGACUGCCCUUGUGACACAGCAGGGCCCCACUUCUGCACAGACCCUGUUGCAUCCGCACACAGGACAAUCAAAGUACUCUGGGACUCUGUUAAGGAGGAGGAUGGAAAAUUUAGGUUUUCUGUGUGGAUGAAGACAUCUGCAUUUGCUUGCAUCAUCGUCAUUCUGUACACAACUAUACGUUUCAUUAAUUCGGUGUACAGGGUUUCUGUUGACUGGGAGAGCAACCACUCAGAAAUAAGGGCAAACAUUGACGAGUUGGAGGCAUUUCUGAAAGGCGCAGAAUGGAUAGAUGACAGCAUCCAGGACUUCUUCAUUGGCGGGAUUGAAUAUAUGGACACUCUCAUGCCCUACCUGCGGCACACUGUCUGGGUGGGGUACCCCAUUGGAGCGUUGAAGGGACUCCACACGUUGUACAUCGUCAUGGCCAAACACAAGGCCCUGUCUUUGGCUGUGGAGUCUGAGCUGUUGGCUUGGGAUGGUGAGGGCUUGCAGGGUCAAGUUGGCCUGGUCUCAGCCUGGCCUGAACUUGAGAAGAAAUACCCACUUGGGGAGGCAGCAUACUUCCUUGGCAUCCUCGUCAGCACUGCUGUUGUGGAGCUGAACUUGUUUGGCAUGUUCAUCACCCUUGUGCUGGGCGUCAUCAUCAACGUUGACGAGCUGGAUACUGUAAUGAGAUACUUCGGCUACAUUGUUGUUGUAUACCUGAUGAUCGCUGUCGUGGAUUGGAUGGUGCUGCACAUUCUGCCAGACAAACUGCUGUCCCAGGGCUACAAGAUCAAGUGGCCACGUAUAUUCUUCCUGUACAUGUUCGUGUUUUCGAUUGUGCACUUGGUGCUUGGGGCGCUGUACGCCCUGUGGCGAGUGUUCAUGGUGCUGUUGAUGUCUUUUGCGGAGCUCAACCGGCUUGACACUCCCAUGUUCAGGAAGUGGAAGAGCCUGGACUUCGGCCACCGAUCGUUUAUGUCCAUGCUGGUGUUGACCCACCUCAUAGGGAAGGACAGUAUAAAGCUGGAAGGUCGUAAGGCGCUCAAAUCUGUGGUGACCUUAAACCGCCUAAGAUCUUUUGCUCCGAGAGGUAGGGAUUGCUUGGUGAGUCCGAGUGGGCUGAGGAGGAUUGGCAGAACGAUGGGCACACCAUCGGUCGUAAGCGAGGAGCAGGGGGAGGUGACAAAGGUAGCAGACGUGGCAGUGGGAGUGGAUGCUGGACGGGUGACAGCGUCAGUGGAGUUUGCAGAGAUGGAAAGCUCACAUGAAGGUGGGUGUGAAGCUGACCAGGAGCAUGAGAAUGGCGCUGCCAUCAAGCAUUCAGGAGAGUAG